CCUUCGGAGUCCUUCUGACUCCUGAGAGUCAGUUGCCGGUUCUCUGUCCAGGCCAGGACUGUCCCGUGCUCAGCCACAGCGCCAGGUGCCUCACAGCAAAGGGUCUCCCCGCUCCUUGUGCCCCAUUCUCACAGCUGCACUGCGCAGGAGACUGAAACGGGGUUCAGCAGCUGCUUGGGGCAGAGGGGGUGCAGCGGGCAGGAGGGCAUGUCCGGGUGGUUGAUUGCCCCAGCCUCUUGGGGAGGACUCAGAGGAGGCCAUGGGGAUGCUGGCCAGGGGGCUUCGGUCCUUUGUGGAGAGCUAGAAGUUGGGUGUCAGGGCUCUUCCAGAAGCAAGUGUGCAGUUUGACCUCUUCCCUCAAACCUCCCUGUUCCUCUGCCCCCUUCUGAAUUUGUUGGGCCAUUUUCCUUCAGGGGCUGCCGAAGGGAGAACGUUUUCUGGCUCCUUUCUCUGGUCGGGGAGGCACUCGCAGCUGCCUCCGUGCCUGUGUGUGUCUAGCCUGGGCCCUGGGGACGCUGGCACGAUGCCCCCGCAACUUUUGGCAGGACCGUGCUCGGAGCUGAAGGCAGGGCUGGGCUUCUUGGGGUGCAGCCCCACCUGGGUUCGGGGCUUUACUGGAGGACUCCAGCGGGCGCCAGGCGUUGAGGCCCUCCCUUGAGGACGCCGGCCUCGCUCCAGCCGCCCAGCCAGCCAUGUCCAUCGAGGAUCACAGCCCGACCACGGGGGUGGUGACGGUCAUCGUCACCCUCAUUGCCGUCGCAGCCCUCGGUGCCCUGAUUCUGGGCUGCUGGUGCUACCUGCGCCUUCAGCGGAUCAGCCAGUCGGAGGACGAGGAGAGCAUCGUGGGCGAGGGCGAAAGCAAGGAACCCUUCCUUCUGGUCCAGUAUUCUGCCCGGGGACCUUGCACCGAGAGGAAGGCCAAGCUGAGUCCCAGCGGCCCCAAGGCUCACGGCUAGCUGGUGUGCACGGAUGCUGUGAAGGGACCGCACGGGGCUUUGCUGCUGUGCCCAGCAACCCUGGUCUCCGGGCUUGGCCAUUGGCAGCUAUGUGCACACGGGGAAGACAACUCUCCUUGCUCCAGGACAUGCGUCUCGGUUUCUGGCACAAGGUCCAUUGCCGGCAAUGGACUGGCAGGGACGCGGCGUGAGGGGAACUCAACCCAUUACUUGAAUCUCCCACUGAGCCCCUGACAUAAUGUGAACAACUGCGGAGCACGUGCGUACGUAGAGAGCCAGGCGUGGUUUUGAGCAACUAGGAAGGGAAUGGACAUGCUUGGUGUGAACCGUGGCCUUGGAUUUAGGAGGCGCGUGACCACCGCUGGGAUUUCUCUGAAGCCAAGUGGGAGGGGGCCGGGGGCGCUUUGAACUGGCUUCUUGUGGUCCAGGGCAGAUGAUUGAUUUUUGUAUUGGCAGCUGAAGCGUGUUUCUCUGCGCCUGCCGCUGCUGAAAAAUGCCGUGGCUCUGGAUGGCCGUUUUGUUCAUGUGCUUUUAAUAGGGGCCCAACCGUGCAGAUGAAGUGUAUCUCAAGGUGGCCCUGCCAGUGCUGCCCAGGCCACGUAGGCUGGGCGUGAUGGGAGUUGUAAUCCAGUUUGUAGAAGUCUGCUAUGGCCGAAGUGACAGGGCUGUGAGGGGCAGCGGUCAUGGGGGGGGAACAGCCAUUUCUGACUGCCAAGAGCAACAACCAGCAGCCAGUGACGACCGCUUUCCUUCGGAAGUGCAGUCAGAAGGCUGCUAGGAGACUGCCGGUGGGGGGUGCGCCUCACCCCCAGUGUGGGGGCCAAGAGGGUUGAGGAGCAUUCACACAGUCCCUCCCUUGCCUGUGGCUGCGCUGAGUUACACUCCUGGGGGGCACGUGCUUCGCUCUGGUGCAUUGGAUGUACAGUUCUCAGCUAGUGUAUUUUUGUAGAUAAAAGUUUUCUUCAACGAGAGGGCAUCUGUAAAUAACCAGCCGAGCGCCUCGAGUGUUUCUGUCAUUCUAGCUUCUCUGACCUUUCGCUAAUUUCCACCUGUGCUUUUAGUUUUAUGGCAGAAGGGAGAUACUAAUGUUUCUCAGAACAAGGGACCCUUCAUUUCUCACUAUUUUCUAAGUAAUUUGCUGCAAGUAGACCCUCUCCCCCAACUUUCCCCUCCUUUUUUGCUCAGCAAGGGGAAAAGCUCAGAAUCCCUCCAUUUCAGCCUGUCUGACUGGCUGCUCUGGAAAUCAGCUGCUGAAAUGCAGUGCACAAAAAGUCUAGAGAGACCCCCAAGAAUGUCUUGCACAGCCUUUAUUAACGGUCCCCCUCCUCUGCUCAUGGCUAGCAGCUUGGUGACCCCCAGGUGCACCAGAGCAGGGGCUUGCCCCCAACUGCAGCAGUGUCGCUCAGCCACCAACAGCCUCUCGCAAUUUCAUUGUCCCAGAGCAGGUCAGGCCUGCAAGAGGCUCUCUCCCAUAGAGAAGAUAGAGCAGCUGUGGCGCCUUGGAGAGAAGAGGGGUUGGAAGCAGGGUGGAAAUCCUUAUUCCCCCACCCCUUAAUUUUAUAAAUUAACACAUCCCUGAAGUGUCCCAGAACUUGUAUCAACAAAAAUCUUGAAGGUAACCAGGUUGAACAUUUGGCAUAAAUCAGGCAUUUGAUCUUGAGCUGAAGACAGACACCCACUGAUGGAGUCAACUAAUCUUGCCUUGUUUGUGGGCGGGGAAAGAGAAGCCUCAUGCAGGUACCCUCCAAAUUGUUUAAUUUAGGUUAAGUUGAUACAAAGGCUAUCAAAUUAGUGCAAUUAUAAAGUGCAAAGAACAAUCCCUGCAAUUUGUCAAUUUUGCAGAUCCCGAGACCUGUCGAUCUGGGUCCAUGACUCAUUAAAAAAAUACUCUUUGAUUUUUCUAGUCCAGCAAAAGAAGUGGGGAGGGGAGGCUUUGUAAUGACAUUUCAAUAAAGUUUGCAUCAAGGUC